GGCACAAAAGUGGCGCUGCAGCGUUCCCCGCGUUACUCCGGUGGUUGCCUUAGCGAUGGACGGGGAGUUGGAACCAAGCAUUGUUGUGGCGGAGGAGGCAGGGGAGCAGGUGGAGUCCAUGAAUGCCACUCCUUCCCCUCCGCAGCAGACCACUCCCUCCACCGAGGAGUCUGGGGAGCCACUUUCCAUGGUAACCGGAGAUGGAUCCCCAAAGGAGGCUGGCACGGAGGACAAUGAUGACGAUGUGGUUCUUGUAGGGGAGGAGACUCCCCAGCCUUCUACCACACCCUCUUCCCAAGACACACCCAGCACAGACUGCCUAAAACCAGCCAUUACUGCUGCAACAAUGGACACGUCUGUGGGAGAAAUGCCUUCCAAGCCCCCUGGUUCUCCUGUGUCUUCCAAUGUCUCCUUGCUGGUGGGAUUUCAGAAACCACCAGCCACAGUACCAGAGCCAAUUGUCAUUGAUGACGAGGAGGACUCUGAACAGAAAGACACUUCCUCACCCUCACCAGUGCCCCCUGGUGGAUCAUCUGCAUCCCACUCACCUGGUCCACUCAGCAACACUGAACCUGAUUCAGAGAUCAGGAUCGCCAGCGUCACUACUUUGGGCUCCAACAAUGAGAGAGGAAGCGGCUCUAACUCCGCAGUAAACACACCACCACAUCCGGUAGACGCUCAAGAAGACAUGAACCUAAUGAUAACCUCUGUGACAUCACUGCAGGGAUCAGCAGCUGUUUUAGCGGCAGGUGAAGGCCAGGCAGAGGAAAAUGGUCUGCAGAUCAGCAGUGCCUUCAGCCUGAAUCCUGACACCCCAUCUGCUCGACCAACCGCCUCCUUUAACCCCGGGCGGAGCUCAGGCUCUUUUGGCCAGCUGGUUCAGAAUGGAGACAUGGGGACGCACAACAGAGCAGAUACGUGGAUCUCUCAGUCAGCUUCAGUCCCCCGCAACCAAAAGGACACGGGGGUGGACUCUCCCUCAGCAGCCACCUCACUGCCCAAAGCAGCAGGCCAGUCUUCCUCCUCCUCUUCCUCCUCAGGCUCACAGCCCAGGACAGUCAAGGUGACCUGUGCUAACUGUAAAAAACCUCUGAAGAAAGGCCAAACAGCCUACCAGCGUAAAGGCUCCACACACCUGUUUUGCUCCACCACCUGUCUUUCUGCCUUCUCACACAAACCUGCCCCCAAGAAGAGCUGCACCAUGUGCAAAAAGGACAUCACAAACAUGAAGGGUACCAUCGUGGCCCAGGUUGACUCUAGCGAGUCGUUUCAGGAGUUCUGCAGCACUGGUUGCUUGGGUGCAUACGAGAACAAACAAAACCCACCCAAAUCAGGCCUCAAAACCAAAUGCACUGUUUGCGGCAAGCUCACAGAGAUCCGGCAUGAAGUUAGCUUUAAGACUGUGACUCAUAAGAUCUGCAGCGACACAUGUUUCAACGUUUACCGUAGGGCUAAUGGGCUGAUCAUGAACUGUUGCGAGCAAUGCGGGGACUACCUGCCCAGUCGUGUAUCAGCCAACCACUUCCUGCUGGUCGAUGGCCAGCAGAAACGCUUCUGCUGCCAGAACUGCAUCAGGGAUUACAAACAGGCACACAGUAAACUUGCAACCUGCCAGACUUGCAAAACCUUGAUCAAGACGGGCGAGGUGCUGCACAGUCUCGGAUCGAGUGGCACGAUGGGCUCCUACUGCUCCGCCAACUGUAUGAACAAGGGCAAGCUGGCACCUACUUCCCUCAUCAGCACGGAUCCCACAUGUCACUCCUGUAAGAGGAAUUCAUUACCGCAGUACCAGGCCACAUUGCCGGAGGGGAACAUCCUCAACUUCUGCAGCUCACAGUGUGUUACUAAGUUCCAGAAUGCUCCUCUUCAAACGGCAACCAAUGGGCAGACACCGUUUUCCACCACCAACAACACCGUCCAGCUGAAAUGUAACUACUGUCGAGGGGCGUUCAGCCUGAAGCCGGAAAUCUUAGACUGGCAGGAUAAGGUCUACCAGUUCUGCAGUAAGACAUGCUGUGAGGACUACAAGAAGCUGCACUGCAUCGUAACGUUUUGUGAAUACUGUCAAGAGGAGAAGACGCUUCAUGAGAUGGUCAAGUUCUCUGGAGUCAAGAAAACAUUCUGCAGUGAAGGCUGUAAGCUGUUAUUUAAGCAGGAUUUUAUAAAUCGGCUGGGUCUGAAGUGUGUGAGCUGCAACCACUGCAGCCAGCUUUGUAAGAGAGGCGUGACCCGGCAGCUCGGCGGCAUGACCCGGGACUUCUGCAGCGAGGCGUGUGCCAAGAGGUUUCAUGACUGGUACUACAAGGCGGCAAGAUGUGACUGUUGUAAGGUCCAGGGAAACCUGACAGAGUCUGUGAUGUGGAGAGAAGAGAUGAAGCAAUUCUGUGACCAAGACUGUCUGUUGAAGUUCUACUGCCAGCAGAACGAGCCCAUCAUGGUCACGCAGAAAGGCCCCGAGAACACCAGCAUAGGGUUGGAAGUUCAAGGGACCAAACUGGGACUGGUGACACAGAAUGCUGCAGCGUACACGGGGGGGUUAAUAAGAGAUGUAAAGAACAAGGCGGUUCUCUGCAAGCCGCUCACUCUGACCAAAGCCACGUACUGCAAGCCACAUAUGCAGAGCAAACUUUUACAGACAGAUGUGGAUGAUGGCGUUAAAAGAGAGUAUAUUCCUGUACCUAUACCUGUGCCCGUCUUCAUCCCCGUGCCUAUGAACAUGUAUGCCCAGGUCACUCCCUUCCCAGUCUCUUUGCCUGUACCGCUUCCUGUGCCUGUGUUCGUGCCCCCCCACCUCCAGGGGGCAGAACAGAUUGUUCAGACCAUCAGUGCUCUGAAGAAAGAAGCUCCCUCUGAUCCGCUGGAAGCAGAGCAGCUACCUGUGGCUGAUGUGAUCAUGGAGGACACUAAACCAGGUGCCUGUAUGGACAUUACGGAGAUAAAGGUGACGGGGGAGCCAGAAGAAGAGGAAUCCUCCAUCAGCAGCUAUGAAGAAGAGGAGGGGCCGGAGGAGGAAAAGUAUGAGCCUGACCUGGACCUGGAGGCCGACUUCCCUCAAGACUCAGACCCGUUUCCAGUUCUAAUAGGAGACGACAAUGAUGUGGGCUUCCCAGAGCUGAUGGAAGAGGAGGAAGAACCAGGGGAGGAACCGGAGGAGAAACUGGAGGAGGAACCAGGGGAAGAACCAGAGGAGAAACCAGGGGAGGAACCAGAGGAAGAACCAGAGGAGAAACCAGAGGAAAAACCGGAGGAGGAGCUGAAUGACAAGCCGAGAGAGGAGCUUAAUUCAGAGCUGCAGCAAGGGCCCGACGCUGAACUGAAGCAGGAGUCCGAGGCAGAUCUAAGCCAGGCGCCCGACACUGAGUUUAAGCAGGAGGCUGAGGCCGAGUCGAAGCAGGAGCCCAUGGCUGAGUUGAAACAGGACUCCGAGCCCGAGCUGAAGCAGGAGUUCGAGCUGAAGCAGGAGCCCGAGGCAAAGGUGAAGCCCGAAGCAAAGGUGAAGCAGGAGCCAAAGGUAAAGCUGAAGCAGGAGCCCAAGGCAAAGGUGAAGACCGAAGCAAAGGUGAAGCAAGAGCCAAAGGUGAAGGAGGAACUGAAGGAAUCAUCCGCCAGACCGCAGCCAAGAAAACACGGAAAUAAAAGACAGGCAGUGGAGGAGAGCUCAGAUGUGACUUCAUCCACCUCCUCCCAUCACACUAGCAAAUCCUCACGAGGACGAUUGCUGCCUCUCAAAGCUUCUUAUGGCAUCAGUGCCUGGAAACGCUGGGCCUUGUCUCUCUCUGACCAAUCAGAAGACACUAAAGCAGAGGAAACCUCCAAAUCAGUGAGGCCUAAAAGCAACCUGUCGUCAAUGAGUUCAGAGGAGCUAAAUGUGGCUUUGUCCAUGUUCGUGAAGGAGGUCUGCAGGCCUAACGGCAAACGCUACUCUCCAGAUAGCAUCCUCUACCUCUGCUUGGGAAUCCAGAAGCACCUCCAUACGAAAGGCCGCACGGAUGACCUGUUUAGCGACCCGUGCUACCAGCAGUUCGGAGAAGAGCUGAACAGAGUUCUGAAGGACUGGAAACCCAGCGUGCUUCCUGAUGGCUCAUUGGGGGGUCGUGUGGAGGAGCGAAGCUUGUGGAGCAGCCAAAUCCUCGGGGAGCAAAGUCCCACUGCUUUGCUGCGUUCUCUGGUUUAUCUAAACACCAAAUACUUGGGCCUGUACACGGUGGAGCAGCAUCUGCGUCUCUCCUUCGCCAACGUCUACGGCCCCGACACAGUCCAUCCUGUCACCAAGGAGACCAGAGUCUGUAUCCGUGUGCCCUCCGUCUCUCAGGAUCAUCAUGUUUCAGACACAUUGCAAACAGAGUCUAAGAAGAGGAAGCGCGACUUAGACGACACCGAGCAGGUGAAAGAUGAGGACUCAGGAGGGUCUUCUGUACACUGCCCUUUAAAGAAGCACGAGUAUCGUCUCUACAAGCUCUACAGAUCUAAGUGCCCGCCAUCGUUGCAAGAGUGCCCUGGCGUCUUCUACGUUGAGCCCAACCCGACCUGCAGCCGCGACGACGCGCUGUGGUUCAGCUCCGCGCCGCUGGAGCGACAAAUCCUGGAGAGCCUGCUCACCAGAGUCCUCCUGGUCAGGAACAUUUGCACACAUAAGACACAGCCGGAGCCGGACGAGGAGGACCGAGGUGAAGAGGUCCGGGGGGAGUAGCAGCUGCUGGGACUACCUUUAGUUUUUCCUGGUGUGGAGAGAGCUUCUCCACGGUGUCUUGUACGUCUCCUCUUGGCCCAUCUUAUCGUCUCUUUACCCUCUUCAGUGACUCGCCGUUUCCUCGUGGUGAGGAACGUCCGCAGCAAAGUAGAUGAUGAUGGUGAUGAUGAUGAUAGCGGUGGUGAAGACCAGCCCAAACUUUUACAUUCAACUCAAGAGAGAGCCUGAACACGAACGACAGAGGACACGUGAACUAUGAUCAGUGAGGAUGAUGAAGAAAUAGUUCUGAAGUUAUAAUUUGUUCAAACAAACAAAAAUCAGGUCAAAGAAAGUAUGUUGGUUAUAUUUUGAAACGGCAGAAUUCUCAGACAAGCAGCUUAUACUUGUAGUCAGCCGCCACCAGGAGGCCGGGGUUGUACCGGAGAGACGGGCCGGAUUUGUUCUCUGUUCUGUCCCGUUCAGGUACUGCAACACUCGUACCUAGAGGAAGAUUGACAGCCGGUAGGUGCAAAUCCCAUCUUUGAUGCCGUCGGCAGGUUCUGCUUUCAACUCCAAUGGAAACGCGACUCCAAAAAGGAUUUUCUCAGACGUUCAUUGUUCUCACUUCAGCAGCUUUUCAUACAUCUGGCUAACGGUUGGCAAUAUUGACCACAUUCAUCAGCAGCAUACUAUUGUGUAAUUUUCCUUCACAUAAUUAGCUUAAUUCUGAAGAACAAGCCGCCUCAAAUGUGACAUCUCUGCGUGGGAGGUGUUGGCAGCGGUCAAACACUGCAAACUGCAUCAAGUUUAGAUUUCUGCUUGUCUAAGCUUGUUCUAGAAAUGGAUGAUAAACUCAGAGAAACAUGUUUACGUCUGCCGUUUGAUAUGGUUUAAUAUUUGUUUUCUUCAGAUGGUAACACGGGAGACAAAUGUCGAGUCUUAUAAAUGGUGCCCCCUCUUUUAAGAAAUGAAAAUAGAAGUAUAUGAGCCUCAGGUUGAGGAUAAACUGCUAUGGGGCUGUUUGCUUAACUGAGGAAACUGUUUUUAUUGAUGAGUCUGGCUCUGUUAUUGAUACAGUAACUAGUAACAUCGUCACGUGACCGGCGGUAUCCAGGGGUAGUUGUGGCAACACUUUGAAGCAUGACAAGAUCAAUCAUAUUCAGUAGUACCCACUGCCAGUGAUGUCAUUUAUUUUCAGUAAGAAGUCAGGUUCUUAUUUAGAAAUAAAAAUAUUUCAUGUAUCAAAGAGAAAGAGGUGGGUAGGAUUCUGCUCAUGAGCAGCCCCGCGCCGAGGGAAAUCAGGGUCAGUUGCACUAACUUUAUCCAAAGAACCCCUUCUGUUAUCGCUCUUUCGUCAUACAAUUCUAAAUUUUCUUUGUUUGGUCUCCUAGCACAUCAGAUGUUAAUCUGCGGUAAUUCCCCGUUUAGUAGAAAAUAACCAAGUUGUCCUUGAAGCUUGAUACCAGACAGUUUUUUUUUUUAUUGGUUAGGACACGAGCACUGUAAACUCUUUAAAUCAUGAAGCCAGCCCCAGUCUUUGUGUUGGUCACUGCGUUUCUGACCUGGAAUCUGUUCUGGGAAACAGCAGAUGAUCCAGCAGCCUCGUCCCGGCUGUGUGAGGUGGUCAUGAACUAGGGUUGUUUCAUCCUCCUCCAUCUUCUCACUCCACGCUCUUCCUACGACAGCGCUGCACUCGAGCUUAACCCUUGCACCAAAGCUUCUCCGGUCAGGACUUUUCCCAGAUCCGCCUGCCCGCGGUGCAUCAGACGAGCUGCAUUUCUUCCUGCAACACAAGGGCAGCCUUCAUUCCUGCGAUGUAGCAUUACUUGCAUAGUGACGCCCAGAUUGGGUUGUUAUGUGUAAAUAUUUCCGGAACAAGGCAGUUACUGCUCACGGCGUAAACGCACCAACUGUGUCGUUUGCGUUACAGAGAACUUCAGCUCGCAGACCUGCCUGCUGAGGCGCCUUUUAAAAGGAUUAUUUAUUUCUUUUUGUAUUAGCGUGACUGUAUCCUCCUCACAUUGGUAUUUUUUUUCAUCACUUCUUUUCGCCCUCCUUUCAUUGAUGAUUUGUUGCAGUCCUGCAUCCUCAUCCAUCUGCUGCCCAUUAGGAGGUGAACGGUCCUGAAGAUAUGAAGUAUUAUUCAAAACUGGGGACAUUGUUUCAAUUCUGCUGUUGUCUCUGUUUAAUUUUUUUUUUCCCUCUUAAUUUUGUCUGAAACUGAGCGCUUUUUAAUAAGUGUCCCGUUCUUGUAAUCUGUUGUAGAGUUCUAGUACUGAAAGCUUGUAUUGUGAAACUUAAUUGGGUAAAGAAUAGACCCCCCCCCACAUCAAUUUAAAUACACUACCAAAUGUUUGUUUGUUCAUUAUUUUAAAUUGUGUGAGAGAGAAAACCCUGUUUUCUCCUCCAUUAGAUGCAAAGUUACUAUCUGAUUUCUGCCAUUACAUUUAAAGCAAUUGAAGGUUUGCAAAUGAGUUUUCUCUUAUUAAUUAUAAUAAGGGCGGAUCACGUGGCCUAUUAAAUCAGAGUCCCCGCCGCCUCGUCUGCAGCGUGGUUGGGUCUGGACUGCAGGUGUUCCUGGUAUUUUUGUACAACGGCUAAUGGUCUGAAACACCGGUAGCAGGUGUAAGUGGAGAAUAUGGUUCAGGAUUUCUGUCACGAGAUGAGUCGCCAGCCCACAAUCCCAAACCUUUAAGACUUUGCAGGUAACAGACCCUGGAUCAGAAGACACUGGUUCACCAGACUGACCUUUUUUCUUUUUUUUUUCUUUUUUGUGUCCCUGCCGGACUGAGUGGCAGCAACCAAACCCACCGCAGGUUUGGACCUACAGGAGACGCUGUGGCUGGCUUCAAUGCCCAAUGUGAAUGUGCCUAUCUGUAUAUACUGAAAGUGAGCGAUUGUGACUUGAAUCUGAUGCUGUGUGUGGGCUUAUCUGCUGAUACGGUUCUGUUUAAUAAAUGAUUUCGUUUUCUAA